CCGUGAAUGGCGGGGUCGACGAGGAGAGAGCCCCGGCAUCUUGCUCCGAGCGGGGCACACGUGGGGGAUGGGCGGCGAUGGGAAGAGGGGUGUAAACGUUCACCCAUGUUCCGGCCGGGUCUGUAACAUGGCACUUGUCAUUAUGCCGGGCCGCGUUGGAUGGAUUUAUAAAGCAAGACUCACGACUCGCGACAUUUCAGCAUCCCAUUGUUAAUAUUUGUCAUAGCUACACUUGUCCUCUUACCCAACUGCCGAUAUAGAGCCCCGAGUCCCUACAUCCUCACUCAACCCGUCCACUUGUAUGUCCCCUUUAACCAUCAUCUUCUCACUCAUAGCCGCAACCUCACCACAACCCCAACGCAACCACAAUCACUCACCAAUACUGUCAAUAGCCACGUCAAGAUGAAGUCCUCCGCCCCGGUUCUUUACCCUAACGAGUCCGUCUCACAGAAGGUGACGGCCUACGCCGAGUCCCACUCGACGGACCUGCCCGCGCACAUCGUCGCCUACCAUGAGCACAUCGACACCACGCAGCCCGAGACGUCGAUGCUUAUGAUCAGCAACUUCCAGGCGCAGAACCACAUCUGGCUGGCCAAGCUAAUUGGGGCCAAGAGAAUCCUCGAAAUCGGCGUCUACGUUGGCUACUCGGGCAUGAUCUGGUCCCACGCUGUCGGGCCUGACGGCACAGUCACCGGGCUGGAGUUCAACGCCGACUACGCGAAGCAGGCCGAGGCCGCGUGGGCCGCCAACGGCAUCAAGAACGCGUCCGUCGUCGUCGGCGACGCGCUCGAGACCCUGCCGGCUCUGAGCCCCUCGGAGCCGUACGACCUGAUCUUUAUCGAUGCGCAGAAGUCUGGCUACCCGGCCUACCUCUCUACCAUCCUCGCCGCCUCGCCCGCGUCGGGCGGGAAGGGCCGCCUCCUGCGGCCCGGCGGCCUCAUCGUCGCGGACAACGUCCUGCGCCGCGGCAUCGUCGCCGACGACUCGGACGGAAACCCGUGGGCCGUCGGGGAGAAGGCCUACCGCGCGGCCUACGCGCGCUCCGAGGACGUCGACAAGCUGCGCGAGUUCAACGCCGCCGUGCACGACGAGCCGCGGCUGGACUCGUGGCUGAUGCCGCUGUACGACGGCGUGCACCUCGCGCGGUUGGUGGAUUAAGGAGUAGGAGCCGGGCUGAGGGGAUUCCAGUCGGCGUGCGAGGUUAGACUAGAGGCGUGAAAAGGCUGCGUUGAGUGUAGAGGCAACACAUGCGGGAAAACGGGCGAGAAAAGAGGGCGCAUUGAUGUUGUCUAGAUUCUUCUUCAUAGACCAUGAGUGGCGAACUAGUACGUGAUUGCAGACGCUCUGAAGAACACCUCGAGAGAGGAAUAUAUAGCCGAAUUCAACCAAAGGCGAGUUUCACGCGUGGCUCAGAACAUGAUUUUUGAUCAGGUAACCGUCAAGACCUUUGAACAACAUCAACGCCGG